AUGCGCAGGGCACUCAUUGCAAGCGGCCUCAUGAGCCGGUGCGCGCUGGGGCACCGCUACUGCUCCACCAAGCCUGCGGGCGACAACGCGAAGCUCGACGGCUUGGCCACCGCCUACUCUCAGCUGACGCUGAGGGAAGUGUCUGACCUGCAGCGCCUCAUAUUCAAGAAGCUAGGUCACACCGACGAAUUCUACGAGAAGGCGCUGCUGCGCGGUCUAGGCGGUGGCGGUGGUGCGGUUAUGAUGGCUCCAGCUGCAGCGGUGGCACCAGCAGCCGAUGCCCCGGCCGCUGACGCGCCCAAGACAGAGAAGAAGAAGGUUGAGAAGCUCACGUACGACGUUAAGCUCGAAACGUUUGCGCCAGAGAUCAAAAUCAAGCUCAUCAAGGAGCUGCGCAGUGUGACUAACCUCAGCAUCGCGGAUGCCAAGAAGGCAGUGGAGAAGUGCCCCGGUCUCGUGGCCACGAACAUGAGCAAGGACGACGCGGAGAAGCUCAAGGGACUGUAUGAAAAGCUCGGGGCCAAGGUGGAGCUCCUCUAA